GUGACAUAUCGAAGAUGCCGCCACAGACAAAAGAAGAUGAACUGGACCAGAGGAAAGUUUUAAUUCCAGACUGGUUGAAGGCGGAGGUCUUUGAAGAUCUCCUAAGAAAGGAUGUCAAGGAUUACAAGGCUACGAAGUCGAUGAGGGCCAAAGCUGGUGUUCCUGCUGGGGAGAACUAUGCCACCAUAAUGCUUAGAGUGGAGCUGGAUGUGGAAACCAAAGAUAAAUCCCAACUCACCAAGGCCUUCAUGUUGAAAACUCCUCACCAAUCUGAGGCCUAUAGAAAGGUAAUUGAAAAGUCGAACAUCUUCGAUGUGGAGCUCGGAAUGUAUCUGGAAGUGGUUCCUGAACUGGAGCAACUCUACCGGGAUGCGGGUCUCGAAGUGAAGUUUGGUGCCGAGGCCUACGAGAUCCCUGUCAGCGAUUACCACGUCCUUUUGGAGGAUCUCAGGCCACGUGGCUUCAGGAAUGUCAACCGACUCGAAGGCAUGGAUCAGGCUCACACUGAGAGUGUCCUGAAGAAAAUGGCACAAUGGCAUGCGGCAUCUGCAGUGCGCGUGGAUACCAAAGGACCCUACCAGGAGAAGUUUACCAAGGGUUUUCUAAAGAACGAAGAAAUUGUGGAUGCAUUCUGUAAUCGUAACAUUGCGGUUUUCCUUAAUAACGUCCAUUUGGUGCAGGGUUAUGAGGCUUACCUGAAGGAUUUGCAUUUCGCAGCCGACAAGUUAUUGGAUAUUGUAGAAGAGCUGAACAACCCGAAACCUGACGAGUUCAAUGCCCUUAACCAUGGCGAUGGUUGGUCAAAUAAUAUCAUGUUCCAGUACAACGAGAAGAACGAGAUAUUAGACACGUACUUCGUCGACCUACAAUUGCCCAAGUGGGGAACAGUUGCACAGGAUCUAUACUACUUCCUGCUUUCCUCCACAAGUUUGGACGUGAAGAUAGCGAAAUUCGACUACUUUAUUUGGUUCUAUCACGCCGAGCUAGUCAAGCACCUGAAGCUGCUCAAGUACUCCAAGACCCUGCCCACCUUGAGGAGUAUUCGAGACACUCUUUCCAAGUACAAUGCAUGGGCCUUUGUCUGCGCCUCUACCAUCAUGCCAUUUGUCCUGCUGGAUCCCAAGGACGGCGCUGAUUUUGAAAAGGUCUUGGCUGAUGAUCCUAGUUUUAAGAAUUCGCUGUACUCCAAUCCCAGAUUCCUCAGGCAUAUAGAAGCCCUUUUGCCAUGGCUGCAGCAUCGAGGAGCACUGGAAUCCGGCAAAUCGGCCUUCAGUUUAUAUACGAUGACGGACGAGAACACAACUGUUCCAGUGCCCGCUUGGCUAAAGGCAGAUCUCUUCGAGAAAUUGCUGGCAGAGCGAUUCGGGGACAAGUAUGUGGGAAUCAAGAGUUUCGAGCCGGUGGCCGGUCUCAAGCCGGGGGAAAAUUACUCCUCCAUUAUGCUGCGCCUACACUUCGAAGUCGAACUCAAGGAUCACCUCAUCGAAAAGGUUAGCUACAUGCUGAAGACGCCACACGACUUCGAGAUGUACCGCGAGAUCCUGAAGAAGAACAACAUGUUCGUAGUGGAGCGGGAUGUGUUCCUGCAGGUGAUUCCCGAGCUGGAGAAGAUGUACGAGGACGCGGGUCUGAAGGUUCAGUUCGGAGCCAAGGCCUACGAAAUUCAGGCUCCCGACGAGUACGUGCUGCUGCAGGAUCUCAAGCCUUUUGGCUUUAAGAAUGUGGAUCGUCUGGAGGGCCUUAACAUGGUCCAUACCAAAAGCGUGCUUAAAAAGUUGGCCCAAUGGCACGCGGCCUCUGCCAAUAGGCUCCAUCUGAAGGGUCCAUAUACACAGAACUAUCUGCAGCCAACCUACGCCGACUCCAUGAAAGUGAAUAUCGAACAGGUGGCCGAGACUCUUGGAAAGUACUUCCUGAAAUGCCUGCCUCUCUACGAGGGCUACGAGGAGUAUAGCGAGGCGGUGCACAAGAUCCAACCCAAGAUAGUGGAUCUGAUGUAUGCAAUGAACACACCAGAUCCGGAGGACUUUAAUGCCUUAAAUCACGGAGAUUGCUGGACGAACAACAUCAUGUUCCGGUAUGAGGGCGAGAACCCUGAGCCAGCCGAGACCUUCUUCGUGGAUCUGCAGCUGCCCAAGGUCACCAGUGUGGCCCAUGAUCUAAUUUACUUCCUACUGGGAUCCACGCAAUUUGACAUAAAGUUGUGCAAGUUCGAUUACCUCAUCAAGUACUAUCACGAUCAGCUGAUAGAGCACUUGGCGCUGCUCAAGUAUCCACAGGCGAAGACCCCCUCGCUGCGGUUCCUGCACACUCAGCUGUUGAAAUACGGACGAGUUGGCUACCACACUGUUCUGAUGCUCUGCCCACCGGUUUUACUCGAUCGCACCGAUGAGGCCAAUCUGACCGACUUUGUAACCGAAUCGGAUAAUGGCGACGGUCUGAAGAUGGCGAUGUACUCGAAUGCUCGUUACAAGAAGCACGUUAGCGCCAUCCUCACUUGGCUGAAUAAUCGCGGAGCAUUCCAAUUCAUCAUGUCUGAGGCCACAAAUGGACAUAAGGCGAUACCUGCCGAGGACCUGCCCAAGUGGCUGUCCAAUAUUACACUCAAAAAGGCGAUCGUGGAACAAACCGGUAUCUUUGAGAAUAUAGUCUCGUUUACUCCAGUGAAGGGCAGCAGCGAGGGCGAGAACUACUCCUCCCAGUUUCUGCGAUUGCUGGUGGAAGUGGAGCUGAUCGAUCACAGCAUCAGGACCCUUUCCUUUGUCCUGAAGGCUCAGCACAACAACGAAGUGAUGGCCGCCAUUCUGGACAAGCUGAAGCUCUUCCAGAAGGAGGAGCAGAUGUACCACAACAUUCUGCCCAAGUUCGAGAAGCUCUAUAAGAAUGCUGGCAAACGCAUUCAGUUUGCUCCUCGUGCCUUUAAGGUGGACCGCGAUCCGGGCGUGGAUUAUAUUUUGUUGGAAGAUCUGCACCUCAAGCAAUUUAAAAACGAGAAUCGUCUGGCCGGCCUGGACCUGGUGCACAUGCAGAAGGUGCUGGAGAAGCUGGCCGCCUUCCAUGCCGCCUCUGCCUGUUAUGUGGAGCACAAUGGCCUAUUCGGGGAGGAGUUCACCGUGGGUGUGUUCAGCGAGGCCAAUCGCAAGCUGCUGCAGGAGUUCAAUGCCUCAGGAGCUUUCCUGGCCCAGCUUAAGAAGUGGAAGAAUGCUCAGAAGUUGUACGAGAAGUUGGCUGAUAGCGAUGACUAUCUGGUGGAUCGUCUUCUCCAGGAUCAGCAGUACAAUCCCAGGGAGUUCAACGUGCUAAACCAUGGCGACUGCUGGGCCAACAACAUUAUGUUCCAGCACGAUGCCUUCGGAAACAUUAGGGAGACCUUGUUCGUGGACUUUCAAGUGGGAAAGUACGGCAGUCCGGCCAAUGAUCUGUACUACCUGAUUUUGUCUUCGGCUGCGCCAGAAUUGAAGACUGCCAAGUUCGAUUACCUGGUGCGAUACUAUUUCGAUAAUCUGGUGGAGAACUUGAAGCUGCUCCAGUAUCACCGACCCCUGCCCAAGUUAAAGAACCUGCAUGCUUCCCUUUUCCGCAAUGGCUUGGCUGCCUACAUGGUGGUGUCCAAGGUGCUGCCCGUUGUGAUGCUGGACAAGACCGACAAUGCCAAUCUGGAGAGCUACAUUAGCGACGAGUCCAAGAUGAAGAACGCCAUGUUCACCAACCCCAAGUACGUCCAGGUGAUGACGGAGGUGCUGCCAUGGUUGGACAACCGCGGCCUGCUCGACUGGAAUUGUAAAUUUGUCAAAAUUGACUGCAAUAAAUUGACAAUGAAAGUACCAAAAGCUCCCGAAUGGGUUUCUGCCCUGUCACUGGAACAGGCGGUCCAGUCUUAUGUGGACAACGGCGAUCGCAUUGUGGCGGUCUUGCCCAGCGUCCAUCUCAUCCAGUUCCGCAACUGCACCGUUCUCCUGCCCAUUCAGGUCAAGGUUCAACAGCGCGACAGUACGGUGAGGAGGCUGUCCUUCCUUCUAAAGGCCCAGCAUGGCAACGAUUUCCAGGCCAAGAUCAUGGACCAUUUGAAAAUGUUUGUGCGUGAACAUUACGUCUACCACAAGGUCCUGCCCAGAUUUGAGCAGCUAUUCGAGGCGGUAGGCCAGAAGGUGUCCUUCGGUCCGCGUGCCUUCAAGCUGGACCGUAGCAUCGGGGUCCGCUACAUCCUGAUGGAGAACCUAAAGGCCAAGGGCUACCGCAAUGUGGAGCGGGGCAAGGGCUUCGAUUUGGAGUAUUUGAAGCAGGUGCUCCGGAAGCUGGCCCAGUUCCAUGCCGCCUCCGCCGUGUAUGUGGAGAAGAGGGGCAAAUUUAACCAGCUUCUGUCCAGCGGGAUAUACAGAAAGGCCAAUCAAGAAAUCCUCCAGGAGCUAAACAAUCCGGAAGCCUUUCUUUCGCAGCUUCGACGUUGGCGCAUUGGCACCCACUUCCACAAACAGUUUGCGGACAAGGAGGAGGUUCUGGUGGAAAAGCUACUCAAGCUGCAUGCCUCCGACCCCAAGCAGUUCAAUGUCCUGAAUCACUGCGACUGUUGGGCAAACAAUGUCAUGUUUAAGCUCAACAAUCAGGGAAAUGUUGUGGACACGGCCCUGCUCGACUUCCAGGUGGUCAAGUACGGGUCUCCGGCCAACGAUCUUUACUAUACCAUUUUGUCGUCAGCUGAGAAGAAAAUUAAGUUGGCCGAGUUUGACAAUAUGGUGCAGUAUUAUUUCUACCACUUGAUGGAUAGUCUCAAGAUCCUGGCAUAUGGCAAAGCUCUGCCACAGCUUGAGGAUAUUCGUGAGAGUCUCAGCAAGCAUGGCCUGGCAGCCUAUGUGGUAGUGACCCGGGUCUUGCCCAUCACAUUAAUGAACCAGUUCGAGGAUGAGGUAAACGAACUAUACGCCUCGAAAAUGAAGUGCUCCAUGUUUACCAAUCGCAAGUACAUCCUGGCUAUGAACGAGAUUCUUCCUUGGAUGGAGGAGCGAUCUCUGCUCAAUUGGAAAUGAUUUUUGUAUUCGAAUAAAUAUUCUAUAGAGCAAUCUAUAUCGAUAAUAA